AUGGUGAUCUCAACAGCAAUCCGUGUAGCGCCUUCACGGGCAGCCCGCGCACUGAAUCUCCUCCGUACCGUGCAAUAUACGCAUCCGCCGUCAUGUCCAUGCCAUUCGAAUCCCAAUUACCACCAAUCGCCGGCUACCGUCCAGCAAGCACGCCGACACCUCGCAACGCCCCUCGAUCAAUUCCAGCAGAAAGAAUAUGCUUUCGAGAUGGCAGCGUCGAGCAUACGAUUCGGACCUGGAUGUACAAAGGAAGUGGGCAUGGACUUCAAGAACAUGGGCAGUAAGCGCGUCAUGGUUGUCACAGACCAGAACGUGAGAAAACUAGAUGCCAUGAAGCAGGUCAUUGAAGGCUUGGAAAGGGAGGGUGUGACAUAUGAGAUCUUCGACAAGGUCAGAGUGGAGCCAAAGGAUCACAGCAUAAAAGAGGCGAUCGAGUUCGCGAAGCCGUGGAAACCAGAUGCAUACUUGGCUGUCGGUGGUGGCAGUGUUAUCGACACAGCCAAGUUGAUGAACCUAUACACUACAUUCCCCGAGGCAGACUUCCUGGACUUUGUCAACGCCCCGCUAGGCAAGGGAAUGCCUAUUCCAUCGAAGCUUUUCCCACUUAUCGCUGUACCAACAACAGCAGGAACUGGAUCUGAGACGACUGGUACCGCCAUCUUCGAUCUAGUCUCCAAGCGCGCGAAGACUGGUAUCGCUCAUCGCAACUUGAAGCCUACUCUGGGUAUAGUGGAUCCACUUAACACGCGCACCAUGCCUUCUGCUGUCCACGCCUCCUCGGGUCUCGACGUGCUGUGCCAUUCUCUCGAAUCUUGGACAGCGAUACCAUACUACGAGCGCACACCACGUCCUACCAAUCCACUCAACCGCCCAGCUUAUCAAGGUGCAAACCCAAUCUCCGACAUCUUCUCCCUCAAGGCUUUGAAAGACACAGUCAAGUACCUACCUCGCGCAGUCAAGGACCCCGAUGACCACGAGGCGCAGUCUCAGAUGCUGCUAGCUGCAACACUCGCGGGUGUUGGUUUCGGUAACGCAGGUGUGCAUCUCUGCCACGGCAUGUCCUACCCCAUCUCAGGCCAAAACCCCGGAUACAAACACGCAGGUUACGACGUCGAUCACACCAUUAUCCCACACGGCGUCAGUGUUGCGGUAACUGCGCCGGCAGUUUUCAGAUUCACAGGUGCGUCAAACCCCGAGCGACAUUUGGCUGCAGCCGAGGCAUUCGGUGUCGAUAUCUCGAACGUCAAGAAGGAGAGUGCAGGGGAGGUGUUGGGUGAGGCACUGGCAGAGUUCUUGAUCAAGCUUGGUGAUCAACCACGCGGUUUGAAGGCGCUUGGUUUCGGAAAGGAGCAUUUGGAUCAACUGGUUGAGGGCACGAUUCCUCAGGCAAGAGUACUGAUGCUAGCGCCGAGUUUGGAGAUGCAGAAUAUUGAUGUUGAGAGGGAGCAAUUACGAGGCCUGUUUGAGGAUGCGAUGGAGUACUGA